AUGGUUGGAGUUCCGCGCAGCAAGGGCUGCCAGACGUGUCUUCAACGGCGCGUCAAGUGUGAUCUUACCCAUCCAGAAUGCCUUCAGUGCUCGAGACGCCUCAUGAAAUGCCCCGGCUUCGAGAAGCGAUGGAAGUUCUGUAACCAGACCUCUGGACUGAUCGAAAAUAAGCCUCGAGCUCGAUCCACACGCCACGCGCGACCGACCCAGCUGCGUUCUGCCCCGGUAGCGUCAUCGAAUGGCACGAUUGAUGAGCGCGUGGAGCCCAAUCUGGUGGUUCGGGCGUUUGAUCUGCAGGGCAAGGAGAUCUUCUGCAGCUUCCUGCUGGCUAGCUUCCCUGCCCAGUUUGCAUCCUGCGGAGGAAGGGUGGACGUAAAUUGGAUAGAUUACGCGCGCCAACCAGUCCUUGAUGCACCACAAGCUCUCACCUGGGCGUUCCGCUCGAUUGCGACGUUGCAUAUGGGACUGACGUAUCAUGACCCCGAAAAGAUCACCAGUAGCAGACACAUGUACAGCCAAUCCCUGAAAUAUCUCUCGGAUCUCGUCUCUCAUCCUCGGUAUCAGCGUGGUGCCGAGACUCUGGCUGCAGCUAUAUUGCUGAACAUUUAUGAAAUGCGAGAUGGCAUCAGCCCACUCUCUUGGCUCGCUCAUGCGCAGGGCUUGGCUACAAUUAUUCAACUUCGUGGCCCGGAAGCCCAUAGGACGGGAUUUGGAACGACUCUGCUCAAAUCCUGUCGGUCGAUCCUGGUGUCCGAGGCCUUUAUCCGCGGUGGGAGAUGUUUCCUGGAUAAACCUGAGUGGCAGACCUUCCUACGCGAAGUAGUCGAAUCAGAAACUAAAAGCUCCAGGGGCAGCAAGCUCGGCAUACUUGUCGACCGUGCUUUCAUCGAAGUCAGCUGCUGUCCGAGGUGGCUUAUGGAAACCAGAAUGCUCCUGGAAGCGCCGCUCGAUACCGCCCCAUCCACAUCGAUUCCUCCACUCGAGCUCUUGCGCAGAAUGACGCAGAGUAGAGAUACGCUCAGCAUAAUCCAACAGCAGCUAGAGAUUGCCCUUUCACGCCAAGGCACGCCAGUUAUUGAUACAUCAUGGGAGGAUUUCAUCGGCCCAAUAGCGUUCAACUUCAUCGGCGCUUUUGCCCAGUCGGCUAUGAAUGGGAUUCGAUUGGCUAUCGCGCUCCUAGACCACCUUGUUGGUCUAGUGCGGGCGCAUUUGCUUCUCUAUGAAGAUAACUCUGGCGAUUGUCUGUCAUCCUCCUCAGCGUCAGGAAGCCCGCGGUCUUUUAUCGUCAACCCCUGGUCUGAUCUGGGUUCGCACAGUGCGGCUUGGCAGCUGGAUUUUGAUCCGGAUUAUGGGUUGGGCUUGUUUUAUAUGACGAGGGAGACGGCUGGCUGGAUGGAUCGCAUGAUGAUGUCAAUGGGGUUGCUUGGUGUGAGGCCGAGAGGGACUCUUCCGACCUACUAG